UCUCUUUGCAAAAAUCCAACUUUCAAAGCAAUAAACAAUAUGGAUGUGGAAAUCGUGAAUGGAGAGAUUGAUGCUAAAAAGGAAAUAAUAAACAUUAUUUCAAAAAUUAAGGAUUAUCAGGAAAAAGUACAGGAAAUAUUAUCUAACUUUUACGAUGAUUUUCUGCCAAAUUGCUACGAUAAUGCGAAGAUCAUGAAUAACGGAAAGAUGCUUGAGGAAGAGAUCAACAAGGUUGUAGCCUUAGUGAAUCAGGACACCGCAUGGAAUCUUCACAUGACACAAGAAAGUAUGCAACAGCAUCGUGAAGAACUUAGCGAAUGUAUCGCAGCAUACAAAACAUCUUUUAAACUCCAGACAAUUCAUGGUCUAUUUGAAAUGAUUCCACGAGCUGCAGAUGAUCACCAGAAGUUAUUACAUAUUAUCGGAAAAAUCAAGUCGCUCCUCAACGACGCGACUGAUUUAGUGUUGCCGAAAUUAGAAUGCUAUCAAACGAUAAGACUGCGAUAUCAUGAAGAGUACCAAAUCGUACUGUUUAAUUUGAACAAAAAAUUUGAAACACUGAUACAGCUUAAUGAGAAGCCAUUUCAAAACACAAAAUCGAUCACAAUUAGGAUAAAAAAGGAUGGAGAUCAAUUGCAUCAAGUAGUAGUAGCGUUAGUCCACACAAAUUACAACGUCAACAAAAUGUGUAAAUUUUUAUUGGACAACGUUUUUGAACCAAUUAUUUCUAGACCGGUGUCACUAUCGUGUAAUGAGAAUGAUGGUGAUUUUGUGACAUUGCAACUUUCGUACCAGCUGAAAUCGAGCGAAGAGCUGCGACCAAAUUACAAAACAAUUUUUCAACUGUUGAUGGAAACCUUUUAUUGUCUUGGGCAUAUGAACAUAGUGAUAUCUGAACGUCAAUGCAUAUUCUCUAUCAUCGCCAAAUACACGAAAGGAAAAAUUUGUCGCUUAUUAAUUGACAAUUGCUUGCAAAAUGAUAUUCCCGAUACUAUCGAUGAAAUGAAAGAUUCUACUAUUGUAGAUGCCGUCAAGGAAUUUAAUAAAUUUCUCAAUGAUAUGCUAUUCUUGGACGGUGAAAAUGAUAAUGUUUUAGACGAAUACGCAAGCAAAAUUGGACUACUUUUCCAGAAAAAGUUUUGCGCUCACAUUGUGAACAGCGCUUUGGACAUUAUGAAGAAAGAUCUACAUGAUAUGGUUCUUGUUGAAGAGCGAGAAUCGCAUUUUUCGAGUGGGUCGGACAUGUUUGCAAGUUGUAUGAUAUCAAAAAGUACGAUCGAACUAAAAAAACUGUUAGAUAAAAUCUUAUCUGAAACAUUGACUUGCGAGAAAGAGCUUUCAGAUCGUCUGACGAAGUGCAUCGCAAUAAUUCUAGAGCGAUAUACUAUCGAAAUUAACCAAAACCACCAAAAACUUCUUCAAAAGAUUCCCCAACAGACAGCUCUUUUUCAUAAUAACUGUAUGUACCUAUCAUUCUGGCUGCAAAAAAAUUCUAGUAAAUUAGACAGCAACUACUCAUUCAUGCUGAUUAGUAACGCACUACGUGACCAGGGUAGUAAAAUAUUUCACAACCAACUGAAGAAUCAACGAGCCAUACUGCUACAGUCUCUAGAAGGAUUUGAUUUAUCCGAAGGAACUGUUGAACUUGGACCAGAACCACAAAAAGCCGUUCGGCAGUGUAUACGGCAACUUGAUUUGCUAAAAAGCGUUUGGCAGACCGUUUUGCCAGAAUAUCUUUACAACGCAAGUAUCGGUGGGCUGAUGACUACAUUUUGUGCCGAGCUUAUCAAACGUAUCUUGAACUUAGAAGAUAUUACCGCUUCUCUAGGAAGUGGUCUUGUGGGAGUAAUCACCAUAGUAAAAGAAAAAGCUCCUUUACUUUUCAGGGACCCCACGGAUAUUACGUUCACGACAAAAAAUUGGACAAAACUAAUGCAGCUUCACAAGAUUCUGGAUGCAUCACUUGUGGAGAUCACUGAACUCUGGGCUGAAGGGAAAGGACCUCUUACGUUGAACUACAAAGCCGAUGAAAUAAAGCAAUUGAUUCGAGCAUUGUUUCAAAACACGAAGCAUAGACAGACUUGUCUAGCAACGAUAAUUCAUUUGUGAAGAGUUCUAGCCAUUACCAAUUGUGCAUACCCGUAUAUAUCCAAAAACUGAAUAUAUCAUUAUUAGGUUAACCAAAAAA